AAUCUAGGCUAACCUGCAAAAUCGGAUAUCAGAGAUUCCCCACCAAAUUCGAAUUUACCUUCUUCAAUUUUCUCUCUCUUCCCCCACACAAUCGAAAUUGGGCACCCAACCCCAACCUCAACACAAAGAGGAGAGAGAAAACGCGCCCCCUUCUCCAAGUCACUGCUCAUCUUCUCUAUAUUUUCUACCCAGUAAUUUGUUGAACACCCCAAUCGAAGAACACCUCGAAGUUGGUGUCGUCGAAGAAGACGUUGUUUUGGAAGUGGGUUCGCCGGAGAAACGGCGGAAGGGCGCAGGAGAGAGAUUGGUGUGCGGCGGAAUCAGGGAGUUCGAGCUUGACUUCGAGCUUCAUUAUUAAGGGAAAGAGAGACCGAUUUGUUGGGGUUUGGAUUUUGGAGGAAGAUCGAUCCAAGUGUUGAAAAAAGGUCCCUUUUUGUAUUGGGAAUUAAAUUUGGUUUUAGGGGUUUUUGGUGGGGUUUUCUCCAUCAAUGGCUGGGAAGCUCACUAUCCUCGUUGGUGCAGGCAUCUUGGGUUCAAUUUUAGCCAAAGAGGGGCGCAUGCCCAGCUUUUCUGAUGUCAUCUCAGGUGCCUGGAAGGUUGCUUCAAAGCCAUUAAAGCAAAGCAAUUCUGCUUCCACAACAUCCAAACCAAGAAAUGAUGCAUUGGUGGCUGAGGUCAAUACUUUAAGGCAACAGCUGCAGCUCAUUGCAUCAAGUGGAUCGACGACAAUUGUGACUUCUAAUGCAACAGGUGGCCGUAAAUAUGGUGUAAUAAUUGUGAUUGUUGCUGUUGGCUAUGGAUAUGUGUGGUGGAAGGGUUGGAAAAUUCCUGACUUCAUGUUUGCGACCAAACGUGGCUUAUCAGAUGCCUGCAAUGCUGUUGCGAAGCAGCUUGAUGAAGUUUUUCUUUCACUAAGGACUACCAGAAAUGAGAUAGCUUCCAAACUUGACCAAUCAAGUAAUAAAUUUGAAGAAAUUAUUGCAUGUAGUAACUCUACGAAGGAGGAGGUAGCUGCAGUAAGUGGAGAGGUUUCAAACUUUGCUGCGGAUCUUCAAGAAGUCAAUGAUACAAUUCGAACUCUGGAGACAAGAAUGGGCAGGAUUCAAGGAAAACAGGAUGAGACGAAAGAUGGAGUGGCAAAAUUGUUACUUUCUACACUUGAAAUGGAAAAUAUGUUUACAGAUCUUAUACAGGAUUCUCCUUCAGCUGCUUCUAGGCCUGCUAUUGAACAUCAAGUUGCAACACCUUCAAGGUCUGUGUCCCUGCCUCUUACCUUGGAGCCUUCCUCUCCUUCAACUUCUCGUGGAUCUAAUGAGGCUAAUGGAGACCCAAGUAAUGCCUCCUCAACCUCAGGCUUGACGGAGUUUCAAAAGAAUUCAGGAGCAGUAAAGAACAAUGCCAAUCCUAGGGUUUCCCCCAGGUGCAAUGUAACAGAAAUCACAGAAAAGCCUCCCAGUCCUGAGUUGCCUGCGACACAGCCCAAUGUCAAAAGUGCUGGCUUGCUUUCUAGAACAAUUAGUGCUACAAGAAAUUUCAGAUUCAUGUAGUUUGGUACACUUAACACUUUGCUUAAUUUAAGUACCAAAAGGUUAUACAAGAUAUAGCUCCCUUUGUAAGCUGUCAAGAAAGGUUUUUUGAAGUUAACAUCAUAUCAAUGGCCAAAUUCCUUAUUGGCAAGGAAUGGCCGGUAAGAUAUAUGAAGGUCUUUCUGGUUGCUAAAUUUUGUAGAGAAGCAGACGAGUUUAGAUAUAGGAUCAUUCUUGUUCAUGUACAAGUGCAUUAUUGAAUGUUUGGAGACCUCAAGUCCUCGAGGGAACUAUAUCAUAAUAAAGACUUGAGUAUUUCUCUCAUGUA